GGGAGCUGCUCGUUCCUGCAGGCUCGGCCGGUGGCCGCUGUCCGGCACUGGGUUCCCGGCGCGGCGAGGCGGAGAGGCCCGGCCCGGCGCCGCCCGCGCAGCCCUUGGUCGCGGCCGCCGGCGCUGCACCGCGGCGGGGGGCGGGGCCGGCUGCCGGGGAGGCCCGGGGGGCUGGGGAGCCUCCCGGCCCGGCCGGGUGACACGGGCUGGGGCUCCGGCCGCAGCCACAGUGGCCUGGCCGCCGCGUGACUGGCCGCAGUCACGCUGUGCUUAAUCACAAUUAGCUUGUGCUCCGGGCUGGCCGCGCUCCCAUUUCUCCCAGCCGGUGACCCCGGGGAUUUCUCUUAUGGUGGCUUUCUCUGAAAUGCCAAAACCACCCGAUUAUUCAGAACUGAGUGACUCUUUAACGCUUGCCGUGGGAACAGGAAGAUUUUCGGGACCAUUGCACAGAGCAUGGAGAAUGAUGAACUUCCGUCAGAGGAUGGGAUGGAUUGGAGUGGGAUUGUAUUUGUUAGCAAGUGCAGCAGCAUUUUACUAUGUUUUUGAAAUCAAUGAGACUUACAACAGGCUGGCCUUGGAACACAUUCAGCAGCACCCGGAAGAGCCCCUUGAAGGAACCACAUGGACACACUCCUUGAAAGCUCGGUUACUCUCCCUGCCGUUUUGGUUUUGGACAAUUAUUUUUCUGAUCCCUUAUUUACAGAUGUUUUUGUUCCUUUAUUCUUGUACAAGAGCUGACCCCAAAACGGUGGGCUAUUGUAUUAUCCCCAUAUGCUUGGCAGUUAUUUGCAAUCGCCACCAGGCAUUUGUCAAGGCUUCUAAUCAGAUCAGCAGACUACAACUGAUUGACACGUAAAAUCAAGUAAAAUCAAAUCGGUCACCAUUUUUCCUUACAAUACAAAACUGCCAGUGCUAUAUGGAACCUGAUCACAAGACUGCAGUUUCUUCACAGAUCUCAGGAAGUUGUGGUGGGGCAGAGGCUUUCUAAAAAGUGUGACCAGGGGGCUCUCUUUAUCGGAAUAAUAAUGACUUUUUAAAUGAAGCCUGAGAUACAGUACUACAGAAUCAUGUUGAUGACUUCAGCUUUUGGAAGUAAAAUCGUGUCUGUUAUUCGCAUUCUUUAGAAACUUGAAUAAGUACCUGAACUCCUAUUUUUAUUCUGUGCAACAUAGUGAUGAUUCAGAAAUUUUUCCUUUGGGGAAGAAAAUAAAUAUGAAAAUUUCCAUUGUGCUUAAUAUAAAAAGGUCCAAACAUGGUCAUAAAAUUUAAAUUUUAUACAGUUACCUGGCUUGCUUUAAAAUUCUUCAAACUAAAACACCAGUUCAACCUUGUAAACUAAGCCAACUAUUUAUGCUUGCUUGCUAUCAGUUUGUGAGAAAUUGGCAUACAAUUACUGAGGUGAUGGCUGUCUUGAUAAACAAAGUUUGUGCUUCCUUUUGGUAAGGCUGCUGGCAUUAUCAGCAUUAUUAAUGCCUUUGGUUUUUUAAAAAUUACUUGGGAAGAAACUCAAUGUUUGGAAGUUGAGAAAUCUCACCCACGGAAGAUGGAAACGAGGUGUUCAGUGAAAAUAUUUCGUCCAGUCUCUGUCGAUGUGUGACACCACUCUAACAUCCUACCAGGUCAUCAGCCUUGUGAGUUUCUUUUCUGGCCUAAGGUCCAGUCUUCAGGCAACAGGUUAAUUGCAUGAAGAUGUGAUCCUUGUACUUCCUCCUUUGCAUUUGUACUUCCUACCUCAUGUCUGGUACCAAUACAAAUAACUAAAACAUGGAAAUCUCAGAUUUUAGGAUUUUUUUUUUCUUUUUUUUUCUGGGUGGGAUCAAGAUGUAUUUUUAUACAGUAAUGGCAUUAAUACCAAGGAAAUAUUUUACACGAAUAGAUUUUAAUAAUAACCAUAACCUCUUUUGGUGCUUAUUCUGUUGGGCCUUCUUCUAAGAGCUUUACACGAAUUGACUCAUUGAAUCCUCUAAACAACCCUAAGAAAACAAUUAUCCAGGCUUUACAGAUAAGGACACUGAGGUAGAGAAGUGAAAAGUAACUUGCCUGUUAAGGUCCCACACCUGGUAAGCAGCAGAGCCAGGGGUAACCAGGCAUCUGCUUCCUUUGUUCCUAACCACCGUCAUUUGCUUCUCACAAAUGACACAUUUCAUGGUAUUCUCUGUCUAGCUAGGCCAAGGAAUGGAAAUGGCAUUAUUGGAAGGUUUUUAUCCGUUUGUAUGAGCUACCGAAAAUCUAAACGUGUUCUACCGGCCUCAGCAUUGAAGUCUGAUUUGAUUCGAAUGGAAGGCUGAACGUUCCACAGCAAGCUUUCCUUGAAAGAUAGAGCGGGUAUGUUUGUUGCCUCAAAAGCGGCAAGGUCAGAUCCUUCUCCAGGCAGGUGGUCUCACUUUCCCUUUGCUUCUUCCAAAGCUCUAGUGACUGCGGUGAUGCAUCUUGUGCUACAGUACACCGAAAUCUUCCAAGUAGGCAGCAAUUCGAAAUGCCUUUUUCUGUGAGGGUCAGGUAACCCAAUCACUUGGCAUCUUUUGAGCACUUAACUGGUAGUAUGCAUACUGCAGAUACCGCUUUCUGAGCGAUUUACCCGAUUCUGAGUGAACACGAGGAAACCCGAAUUAAGCACAGGAGUUAAGAACUUGCCCGUGGUUCCACAGCAAGCACGUGGAAGAGCCAGGAUAUGAAUCCAGGAUGUCUGGCUUCAGAUCUCCAGCUCUAUCAUUCCAUUAUACUGCUUCUCAGAAAAAAAGAGGGUAAUUUGGGGAAAAUCAUUGAGCAGUUUCUUUAUUUGAUUACUCUUGAGGCAGUGGUAGUUUGAAAACGAUUUAAGAAAACGAUUUCAAUUUUUUUUCACUUUAUAAAUGCUUGACAUAAUGCAAGGUUUGUGAGCUUAUCAUUUGUCUUAUUAAAUAGUAAUUGCUUUUUAUUGAA